GGUGAUAUAAUCAUGGCUUGCACAUGCCACAAAAGAAAAUGGUGUGCUAGCAGGCUGUAAAACCUGAAGGCACAGAGAGUUUGCUCAGGAGCAAACUCUCUGUGCUCAGGAGAUAUAACCCAAUAUAACACACACACGCAAAACCAGACAAAUUCCGUCAUAGAUCAGUUUUUGGUGUAUGGAAAAAUACACAAUUGCCAAUCAAAUGACGUGACCAGGCGAUGAGUCUCAGCAGCUUGGGUCAGGAAAGGGUAGGGCAUUCCCCAAAAUCCCGCAGCAGGCAUGCGUCAGAGCUGGGUCUUCCUUUGAUGAAUAUAAGGAGGGGAGGGCCAGUGGAGGAGGAGAGGGGUGUUGCAUAGCUCUGCGGUGGUCUGAUUGGCCCAGACUUGCAGAAAAAGGAGACACUCUUUCACUGAACUGCUACAAUCCCAUGCUAAAGACAUGAGAACUCAAGAACAAUAGCCUGCCAAACACAUGAAAACUAUAAAGGAAGUCAGUGCUCAGCCCUUAGGCUCCAAGCAAAUGGAGGCCAGUGUUCCUGGAGCUGUAUCACGGGAUCCUCGGGGUGGACUGAAGAGGUAUCUGCUGUUGAAAUACCUGCAGGUUUUGGUUCUUCCUCUGGGGAACGAGGUACUGUUGACUUUGGGGGCCCUGGCCAGCCUGUACACAGCCGUGCUCCUCCUGUGCUCCCCCCAUGUGUCCCGCAAGGCCUCCACCGUACUGCUGAGCCAGCUGCCCUGGGCAGAUGGCCUGGUGGUGGCAUGCUGGGGUCUUGGUGCACUAGGGUGGGCCGUGGAGGACCGUGGGGCCCUGGCCAAACUGGGGAGCAAGCUCUUGAGCGCCAACCAGCAUGCUAGCCUGCUGUUCCUCAGCUGCCUGAGCCUGGAGGCCCUGCUGGUGACCUGGAGGCCUGUGGAGUCCCGCAGGCUCCGGACGGUCCGUGGCGCCCGUCUGGCUUGCACCCUGGUGUGGACAGCAGUGAUGGUGGAGCUGCUGGUGCUGCAGGCCGCUGAACAUGCCCAGGACCUGUACCCUCAAGGACCUCUUCUGGGGCUGGUGCUGCGGGGGUGCCUGCUGAUAGCUCCCUUCCUCCGUGUGUUCUCUCACUGCCUGAGGGGGGCGCUGUGGCUGGGAAAUGCAUGGGUGUACUAUACACUCUUUACCUACAGUCCUCAGCACAGGAAGAGUCACUUCCAUUAGCACCAUGUGAUGCUCGCCAGGAGCUAUGAGCUGCUGACAAACUUACAGAAGACAGCUUGGCUGCUGUUGGACUUGCUUCGUUUGUUUUUAUUUUGAUUUGAACUUUAUUGCAGUUUAUAUAUAGAGCUUUCUGUUCUUGGAAAUGUCCACAGCAGGGGAAAACCACUGUGCUCAGAAAGACUGCUGGUAUUUAAAAUUAUAGACACUAAACUGAUAAACACAGUAUCAGUGAUUAUCAGGAUUUGUGCACUCAUUGUUCAUUGUUUAUAUGAUUAAUUUAUUAAUAAUAACUUUAAUGCUUUUUACCUGGUAAAAAAUUGGCAAUCAUUUGUGCUAGUAUGUGAAAUGUAUGUUUUGUCACUGCUGAAAAGAAUUAAAGGCAUACUGUGCAGGAUUUUUACCUUGAAAAUAUUAUAAAACAACCAUGCUAUGGCAUAUCUAUUAUGUGCUGGCAUUCUCUGUCUCUGGUCCCAGCUGGAAAUUUGUAAUGUCCGUUCCAAGUAAUCGAUGGGGGAAAUUUACCAGUAGUUUCUAAUGAAUUUCUGUGUGUCUGUGACUCAGGGGUGAGUGGACAGAGUUGAAGAUGAAGGAGGAGACUUCUUUGAUUGUAAACACAAGACCACAGCAAGGCAAAAACAAAUCUCGUAUUUGCCUUUAAUAAAAAAUGAUACAAAAAUGAUUUAAAUGUUCCUCUUUCACUGCAGAAUUCAGGUGUUAGGGGAUUGUGGUAAAAAUAAAAAAUUAA